AUGUACGAGGGGCCCGAGUUCAUUCCGAAUGCCACAGCGAUCCGUGCAAUCUCACAGUCGCUCGCCCGGCACUCGGACCUGAACGGCAGGAUGAUGUGGUUCGCCGAGCUGUUUGUCUACUGGGAGCUCCGCAGUCAUCCGCAGCGCACGCACGACCCGUCAGCCGCGUCGCUCUUCGUGGUCCCGGCGCUGCCGCACGUUGACCCGGGCUCAGUGGACCGUGUGGCGGCGGCGCUCGCGCUUGAGCCCGCCUGGUUGCGGCGUCGUGGCGCCGACCACCUGGUCGCGUGCACGCACUGGCAGUGCGCGGGACUGCUCGGCAAGCUCUUCUGGAUGGUGGCACUGCGUGGUCUCACCGUCAGCCUCGAGCGCAACGUCAAGUGGCUCGACCCACGCGUGCCGCACUGGAUACACAACCAGACGGAGAGGGCGCCCUUCGACCCGGCCGUCGACCGAGGCCUCUGCCUGGACCGCGUCAUCGUGGUGCCGUACCCGCCACACGCGGGCCUAAUGCGGCCGUGCGGCAGCGCGCCUGCCUACAGGCCGUGGCACCAGCGCAGAGUCAACGUCUCCUUUUUCGGAACCAUCCGGCAGCGCGAGGGGCUCAACGACUCCUCCGGCGGGGUCCGCGCCGCCCUCGGCAGGCUGGCACGCGCACCGCGCGCUGUCACCGGUGGAGAGGAGCUUGAGCGCCGCGGUGUUCACGUGCGCCUCUCGUCAGUGCGCGAGUUCGACCAGUCGCGGCGCUGCGGGCCCGAGCUCGCGAAGCGGUGCCGCCGGGUGGAAGUGCGCCGGUAUGCCCACGAGAUGCGGGACUCGAUCUUCUGCCUCCACUUGAGGGGCGACACCUCGACCUCUCGUCGUCUGUACGACUCAGUCGCCGCUGGCUGCAUCCCGAUCAUAGUCAGCGACCUGCUUGGCCCGAACUUGCCCUUCGUCUUUGCCGCGGAAGAGCCGCCGAUGCGGCCGCCCCGCGUGUCGUACGAGCUGUGGUCGAUCCGCAUCCGCGAGUCCGACUUCGUGGCGGACCCGCUUGCGGCGAUCGACGCCGUCCUCUCGCGAUUCUUGCGCCCGCGUGCGGACGACGUGCCGCUCGUCGCCAAGAUGCAAGCGGCGAUGCGGCGCGACGCCUCGAAGGUUGUCUUUUGCCACGGAUCGCAUGGCACGCACGGGGACGCCGGGUGGCACGGGCGGAGGCUAGCGGACCUGCUCUUGGGCGAGGCGUUCGCUCGGCUGCGCGACACUUGCGGAAGCAGCCAGUGCUCAGGGAGGCUCGGCAGCGCCGCGUAUGGCGACGAGCGGAUCCGCAACGCUGAGCACCGAUUCGAGUACGGCGACUGCCUUGGCCAGCCAACUGUCGCGUCCCGCUGGGCAGGGCUUGGCCCAAGGACAGGCGGCGGGGGGAUGCGUCGUAUGAGCGUAAGCGAGCACUCACUGGACAAGGUGCUUUCCAUACUGUAG